AUGUACAUGCCAUCUAUUAUAAUAACCAAUCCCAGUUUUCCCACUCACUUUCAUUCUCUCUCUCUCUUGUUAAACCAGUCCCCGUACUCUCUCUACUUUUUAUCUCCUUCUCUCUCUCAAUCUAUUGUUAAAUCAUUCCUCGCAUCCCUACUCUCUCUUUCUUUUUCUUUCACACUCUUAUUAAACCAGUUCUCGUAUUCCUACUCUCUCUCUUUCUCUCUCUCCUCUCUCUCCCUCAACCUCUUUCCACGCAUCCCUACUCUCUUUUUCUCUCUUUCUCUUUCUUUUAUUUUCUUGUUAAACCUGUCCCCUUCCUAUAUUCCUACUCUCUCUUUCUCCCUCUCUCAAUCUCUUGUUAAACCAGUCCCCGUAUCCUUACACUCUCUCUCUCUCUCUCUUUCUCUCUCAAUUACCCGUAUCCCCACUACACCACUCUUUUUUCUUUCUUUUUCUCUCCCCCACCUCUCGUUAAAUCAAUUCCCGUAUCCAUACUCUCUCUCGCAUUCUCUCUCAGUCUUUUAUUGCACCAGUUCCCGUAUCCCUACUCUCUCUCUCUCUCUCUCCCUGUCUCUGUCGUUCUUGUUAAACCAGUACCCGUAUCUCUACUAUCUCUCUGUUUCUCUCCCUCUCUCUCUCUCUCUUGUUAAACCAAUCCCCGUAUCCCAGCUCUCCCUGUUUCUCUGGUUAAACCAGCUCACGUAUGCUUAUUCUCUCUCUCUUUUUUUCUCUCUCUUGUUAAACCAAUACCCGUAUCCCUACAAUCUCUCUUUCUUUCUUUUUUCUUUCUUUCUUUCUUUCUUGUUAAACCAAUCCCCAUAUCCCUAUUCUUUCUCUUUCUCUGUCAAUCAUUUGUUGCACCAGUCCCCGUAUCUCUGUUUCUCUUCUCUCUCUCUCUCUCUCUCUCUCUCUCUCUCUCUCGCACACCCACACCCACAGAGUUUCUGUCAGUUAUUUGAUCAUUCUAGUCUUGCCUCAGGCUGUGCAGACGGUUCCACUGAAGGUUUUCAAUGGCGUAGCAACAUAGCAGCUUGCUCGGGCUACUGGCAAGGUCAUAUAGAGAACGCCAGUUCCUUGUGUGCAAUCGGUUGGAAAGUUUGUUCCUGGCAGGAUACCCGCAUCUUGAAGAAUAUCACAUGGGAAGAAGCAAUAUCUGUCGAUGGAUGUUUUGCUUACAACGCAGCUCAAGAUGGUGGCAGAUGUCGAGAGUGCAGAGAUAACAUGGAACAGAAAUGUUUUCCUUACUUAUUUUUCUUACUCGGUUACAUAGACUUUUCCCUUCCUGCUUCGUUUCAGAUUCCUUUUUAUUCCAGCUCUCAUCAUUCUUUCUUUAACGCUUUUUUUUUUUCUUUAAGUUCUUCGUUAUUCUUAAUUUGUGUCUUAAUUCUUGGAUUCAAUGUUCCUCCGCCAUUUUUAUUUUUUCUCUCCAUAAUUCCCUUUCUUCCUACAUGUUUCUUAUUCUUCCUUUUUCUCUCCAUUCUCCUAUCACUUUCUUUCUUUCUUUCUUUCUUUCUUUCUAUUUUUCGUAACCUCUAUUACUUUUCCUCUUGA